AUGUCUUCUUUUGCUGCCCUCAUCAUGCUGACGGCUCUUUUAGUCACCGUUUUUCUCAGAUGGAGAAAGAAAAACUUUGAAUACUUCCGAAAUUUAGGUAUACCAGGACCGGAACCGAGCAUUCUCUGCGGAAACCUCAGAGAAUACCACCGAAAGGGCCGACACCUGGCUUUGCAAAAAUGGUGCGAUACGUACGGCAACAUAUUUGGGUUUUAUAAUGGCGAUGUUCCGACCCUUGUAGUUAAGGACCUUGAUUUUCUGCAUUACGUCUUCGUCUCAAACUUCAAAAACUUUGCCGAACGCGGGAUCACCAUGCGGACAGAUCAGGUGCAUUCUUCCCUAGGAUCGUCCAUGAUUCAUGCCAAGGAAAGUCAAUGGCGUUUUCUUCGAGGCUGCACCUCGCCUGAAUUUACUUCGUGCAAACUAAGAGAGAUGAUGCCUUUCCUCACUGAACAAGGGGACGUAUUCAUGAAGGUGCUGGGCAAACUUGCCGAUGAAAGGAGGGAGGAGUCAAUGCUCGAAUCCUUCCAAGCUCUGUCUAUGGACUUCUUUUGUCGGGCCAAUUUUGGAAUAGACUCCAACUUUCAGCAUACCACGGCAAGUCUGUUCUACGUCAAAGCCGAGAAUGUCAUCCCAGGAAUGAUGAUAGGCCCCUUCCACGCAAUUGCACAAUGCAUGACGACACUCAGAGUGUUUAUGAAGCCAUUCUUUUGGAUUAAUCGUAUACUCGGAAGUUUUACCAUGAAUAUAUUUGCCGAAGAGAUGAAGAAGGUUGUUCGACUCAGAACAAAAAAUCCUAAACUACGAAGAAACGACAUGCUGCAGAACCUAUUGGAAGCCGAACUGCAUUCCAAGCACUUUACUAAAGGCGGGCUUCAAGAAUUUCGGCGCCUGUCCGAAGAAGAGUUGGUGUUGCUGACGACAGUUCUCUUUCUUGGAGGAUUUCAGACCACUGCGGUGACAUUGAGCUUCAUGUCCAUGUUACUCGCUAUGCAUCCAGAAAUUCAAGAGAAAGUGAGGCAGGAAGUGAAGGACGCAAUUUCAAGUUCGGGAUGUCUGGAUUAUGACACCACGGUUCACAAACUGAAAUACAUGACGCAGGUCAUGAACGAGACGCUGCGAUUUUACCCCCCCUCACUUACGUUCCACACAAGAACUGCAAAGAACAGCUUUGAGUACAAGGGUACAACAUUUAAGGCCGGAACGUGUAUCAUGGCACCCGUGAUGCAACUACAUAGAGAUCCACAAUAUUGGACUGACCCAAACAAGUUUGAUCCUGACAGGUUUAGUCCCGAAAACGAAGGAACGUACUGCAAGAGAGCAUUCCAGCCUUUCGGUGUUGGACCGCGCUGUUGCGUCGGAUAUAAGUUGGCUCUUUUUCAAGUAUUGUACUUCACCGCUAGUAUGGUGCAAAACUUCAAGAUGGAACUCGGAGACGCACACAAGGGUGCCAUCGAGGUACAAACCAUCGGCAUGAUGGCUUCACCCGGCGAUGGAUCAUGGAUGAAAUUUACACGGAUUUGAUAUUGCUCCUUUUAAAUCAAAGAUUCUUGGAGCUAACUCGGA